GUUUCCAACAUGGCGGCAUCCAUUUCAGGUUAUACUUUUAGUUCUGUGUGUUAUCACAGCGCCAACAGCAACUCCGACCAUGAGGGCUUCCUAUUAGGAGAUGUAAGGCAAGAAGAGACUGUCAGCAUUAGUGACACACAGAUCAGCACUGCAGAGCUGAUCCAGGUAGUAGAAAUCCAAAACCAUGUUGCUUGUGCACAAUUGUUUAGCUUUUAUGACUACGCAGGCAAAAUCAGUGAAGAAAAUCUCAACAAAAUCCUUAAAGAUAGGCGGAAAAACGUCAUUGGCUGGUACCGGUUCCGGAGGAACACACAACAACAGAUGUCUUUCAGGGAACAGAUCAUCCACAAACAGCUGACUCAGCUGCUUGGUGUGCCCGACCUCGUCUUCCUUCUUUUCAGCUUCAUCUCCACUGCCAACAGCUCCACGCAUGCACUGGAGUAUGUGCUCUUUAGACCUAGCCGCAGCAGGUACAACCAGAGGAUCACCCUCACAAUCCCAAACCUUGGCAACACAAGCCAGCAGGAAUACAAAGUCUCCUCUGUUCCCAACACCUCAAUAAACUAUGCCAAGGUCAUCAAAGAGCAUGGGGCUGAAUUCUUUGACAAAGAUGGUGUGAUGAAGGAUAUAAGAACAAUAUUUCAAGUCUACAGUGCACUACAAGAUAAACUGCAGGCUGUGUGUGGGGAAGUAGAACAAAGUGAACGUGUGAAGGAGAAAAUUCAAGAGGAUGUAAAUAAACUCAAAGAACAAAUUGCUCUCAGGAAACGUAAGACGGCAGAGGAGGAGAGAAAGCUCCAGGAAGCCCAAAAUGCAGAUUCCCAUUCCACUCCGGAGGAGAACACAGAACCUUCUGAAGUUUCCCUUCUGUCUAGAAUGACCUUCCACACACCCUCCGCCCCGGAGCGGCCCAGUACCUCACCUAACCCACCAUCGUAUGCUGACCUCUUGAUCCAGGAUGACUCUCUGCCCUCCUCCUCCUCCCCGCCUACCAAUGCUGCUCUACUGCCCCGGCCCCAAGCUGUGGGCUCCCCAGGACACCCCACCCCUGGUCCACUGGGGAUGGGCCUCGGGCUGGGCCUGGGUCUCGGUGCCAGCUCCAACCCUGUCACCAUUCCCAGCACCCCAUACCUUGGCAAUGGUGACGGAUCAAGCUCUGACUCAUUGGACAGACAAGCUGCAGGGCAGGAAGAUGACGACGAUGAAGAAGAUGAAGACAGUAGCGAAUAUGAGAACUUAGUGAGUGAAGCAGCUCACCUGCCAAUGGUCGCUGCCAGCGUUUUAGCUCAAGGCCGACCAGCUGCCCUCAGUCCUGAUGGGGACGCUCGUGGCUCACAGACCACAUAGAAACAUGCCACAGGGCGUGUGAGGGACACACUUAAGUGACGCACCUUGAGAGGUGGGCAUCUCAAGCAAUCAAAGAUAGACAGAUAUAGACAAAAGAAGUGCCAGUCCUGAAAGUGAAAGGCAUGCGCAGGUGGUGUCACUGUGUGUAUUUCUUCUUGUCUUAGUCUGAUCUCCAUUUUAUGUGGAAACCUUGCCAAGAUUUGCAGGCUCACCAGGUGUGUGUGUGGGGGGGGAUUCAUCUGUUUUCAUUUGUUCUUUUUUGAAUGGGGUUUGGUCUGGGUCCUUGUUUCAGUGUGUCUGGUUUCAUGGUUAGAAGUGGAUAUUACAACACAAUGUACGCCAACUGGUUGGCAAUCCAGCUCCCUAAAAGACAGAUCCUUCUCUUUGUUUCUUCUUUUUGUUUCACAUUUGCAUCACAAACUCUUGAGCACCCUCUCUUGCAUUACCUAUUGCACUUUUUUGCCAUCUUUUAAACAAACCAUCCAAGAAAAGCAAUGGAAGAAUAUUCUGCGGCCUUCGAGUGACUUUUUUUUUUCAUGAAGUAGGCAAAUGGUUGUUAACUUUUUAUUUUUAAAUUUGAAGAAAGAAAUAUAUGUGUAACUCGUUUUAUUUUGUUUCCGUCUCUAAUCAUACAUUUAGCUUAUUUAAAUAGAUUUCAAACAAAAUUUACUUGCCACUUCUAUUAUGGGUGCUUUACAUAAACAUAUAUAUAAAUAUAUUUUGUCACAUUAGCAGUUAAUCUAAUUUGAUUGACACGAAUGUCAAAGUUUAGUUCUUCAUGGAUAACACUGAAAUUGUAUGCGCUUUGCUGCACUUAACAAAAUUUAAGAUUUCUUUAUUAAUGUGCUAUACCAAUGCUGUCAUGUUGUGCCACUUGAGUUAGUCCUCCUCCUUGACCACCCUGAGCCAAACUCAGCUCAGCUUUUGUGCGUUGUACAGGGUUCACAGGGCAAACAAGAUGUACUAUAGCUUUAUUAACCAGACGCUUAAGGUUCCCUUCUUCUGCUGCUGCUGCAACACUGAGAACUACCACUUAUAAAACUGCAUCUGUCUGUUGUUCUUAUAAAAACCUGGCUGCUACUUUCACUUCACAGUGCUGGUUGUCUCUAAUACUACUGAGCGUGAUCAUAUAACCACUUCAAGCACACUUCUCACUGUCUUGUUCUCUAUUAAAGUCCAAACGGAAGGCUGAUACCCCCCUGUAGUGUGUGCACUGUAACCUUAGGAACAGAGAGGAGGCGAUCACCUUCCUGUCUCGGCAUAGUUGUCAUCAGACCUCACGUAUUCGGACCCGGUUGGGUCAAUGUUCUGUGUGUGGACCUGGAUAAUGUGACGAAACUAUUAUGACCUUGCUUCAGUGUACAGUGCCUUCCACUCAGGGCAAUUUCUAUCUGCUCACAGAUCACACGUACAGAUCUCUCUUGAGGGGUAAAAUAAUAACAAACUGUUGUGUUUGCAAUAAUUGACAUCCACGCAUCCUCCUGUUCCUGUCGACCAUGUUGUGUUGUGUUCUGCUUUCAGAACCCGUUCUCCCUUUGUAAUGUUGUUGACAGCUUCAAAUUGCCCCUACAUUGAAAGAGGGCAGCUGUUACUUUGCUCGCUUUAGUAUUUGUAACUUGAAUUAGAACUGUAAACUAAAGUCAUGUGGGAAUGUGUUUAGUGAGCAAACACCCGGCAAGGCAAAGUUUUUAUAAUGAGCAUAACAGACUUUUUAUUUAAUUUUGUAUUACCUUUUGGGCCAUUUGAAGACAGCUGAGGUGUGGGUUGACACCUUCCUUGCACGGCCUGCUCAGUUCUAAACACUUGUUAUUUUCAGCAUGGAAAGAUGUUUGUACUGCACAUGGAGGGUGUCUGACAUUGUGAUCAGCAGGUUGCACUCGCUUUAGGAAUUUAGACAUUCUGUCGUGGGAGAAGCUUUGCCUUGUGAACAUGCACCGCUUUAUUUACAUUUGCCUGUUUGUAAGUCAUGUCUUUUUUUUCACCUUAGGGUCGUUUCGUUUGCCCUGAUGUGUAAUUGCCGAUGCAUCACCGAUUGGGAACUGGCACUCCAAAUGUUACUUAAUAAUCACCCAGGGUAACACAAUCACACAAUGUUAAAAGAAAUGACAAAAUCCAUUUCUAGGACUUUUAGUUUCCUUCGAAUACUGGAAUAAAAUAAGGAAAUUAAUGAUGAAUGUAUAGUAGACAAGGGAGGGGGUAGCAUUUAAACAGCACUUGAUAUACAAACUAGUCUCAUUCGAUUGUUGUGGUAUAGAGCAGCAGUUCUUCGUGUCGGUCCUCACUCUUAAUCCUGCUUCUCGGGCUCUAGAUUGCGUUUUAUGUCUUACUCUCUGGCAUCCUCAGGUGUAACCCUGACUCGAGGGCCGGAAUUGAAAACCCUGCAGGGCUCUGGUGCUUGAGGACCACUGGUAUGAGAAGACUGUCAUUGUUAGAAUCCUAUACCUAUCAAGUUCAAACGGUCAUACAAAUAUACACUCAUGUACUCUUACUGUAUGGGGGAGGUUGGGUGACCCUUCCUCUUCCUUUACGUACCCUCGUCUGGACUAUUGCAACAUCAACACCUCCCUGAAGCACAAAGUCCAGUGCACAGCUUAGAUCUUCUCAGCUUUUCUCUGGAUUUGUGUACUUGACGAUCGUAGACACAGGACUUGGUUGGACGAGCACAGAGAAUAUGGUUUCUGGAACUGGGGAAUAAUAAAUGAGACAUGUGUUGCAUAUGUAACAAUA